AUUCAUUGAAAAAUUUAAAAUAUACAUUUACUUAUUGAAAGGAUUAUUUUUUUGCUAUUAUUCAGAGAACAAUAAAAUGCUAACAGAAUUACUACUUGCAAUUGUGAUUAUUUCCUUCGUUAUAUUUUACAGACAGAGACGUCAGCAAAUGACCAUUUUCAAGGAACUGGGUCUACCAGGCCCAGAGCCUAACUUUUUGUUUGGAAAUCUGUUAUACUUUCUGUGGCGGCCAUUAUACAUUUCAUUCCAAAACUGGUGUAAAAUUUACGGAAAAACAUAUGGAUACUUUGAAGGACCAACACCAGUCAUCGUAUCUAGUGAUAUGGACUUUUUACAGGAAGUGUUCGUAAAGCAGUUUAAAAAUUUUCAUGCAAGAAAGGUAUACCCAGUUCAAGUUGAUCCUGAUCAAGAUGAAAAUGUUCACAUGUUUUUUGCUCGUGGAGAAAGAUGGCGUCGUCUUCGGUCUAUUGUAAAUCCAGCAUUCAGUACAUCAAAAAUGAAGGACAUGAUGCCUACAAUUAACAAAAGAGUGAAUGAAUUAAUGGAUAUUGUGGAAGAGAAACGAAUGGAAAACCAACACUUUGAUAUGUACGAAUUAUUUCAACGAUUAACAUUAGAUACCAUUGCUGAUUGUGGGUUUGGUCUGAAAUCAGAAUCAUUAACAAGCAAAGACGAUGUGUGUUUACAAAAUUGUCGAAAUGUAAUCAAAGAUACAACGAAAAGACCUAUAUUGUUCAUGUUGGGAUUCGUAUUUCCAACCUUUCACUCAUUAUGGAUUUCAAUUUACAAUAUCCUCCGAUACAUCUCCUUUAAUCCAGUAUUUUGGUUGGAGGACAAUAUGGCACGAAUUGUCAAAGAAAGGAAAUCGAAAAAGGCAUCCAGGGUAGAUUUAUUACAACUUAUGGUGACGUCAGAAUUUGACCCAACAGCAAAAACCAGCGAAGAUGACGCCGACAGCAUCGACAGUGUCGUCAAAAAGAGGUUCCUCACAAAUGACGAACUUACUGCAAUGUGUUUAUUAUUUUUAUUGGCUGGAUACGAAACUACCAGUACAACAUUGGCAUAUAUUAUGUACGAAAUGGCGGUGAACCCGGAAGUUCAAAAGAAGUUGCAGGAGGAAAUUGAUGAAAAUUUUCCAGACGAAACAGAGCAACCAGAUUUCCAUGCGCUUACAAAAAUGGAAUACCUAGAAAUGGUUUGGUGCGAAACCCUGAGAAAAUUUCCUUUGGCAAGCACGGUUGUAGCUAGACAAUGUAUGGAACCAUCAAAAGUACAAGGAAUAGAUAUCCCGUCUGGAAUGAUUGUUCAAGCUAAUGUCUGGGACAUCCAUUACGACCCAAAAAUAUGGGGAGACAAUCCCGAACAGUUCAAACCAGAAAGAUUUACACCAGAGGCACGAAAAAAUAGACAUCCGAUGGCUUGGUUACCGUUUGGAGGUGGUCCCAGGACAUGUGUUGGUCUAAGACUGGCACAAUUGGAAGGCAAAAUGGCAAUAGUCAAGUUAUUUAAAAAGUACAGUUUUUAUCCGUCCAAAAAGCUUGACAUUCCAAUGGUUUGUCAGGAAGGGGCAACAAUUAUGCCAAAGAAUGGUGUUCAAGUAAAUGUUAAACUACGAGAACAUCGAUAGGUAGGAGCCGAUACUGAAGAAUCUUGUUAUGACUUUUCUCAAACUGCUCCCACGCAGCUACAAGGUGACAUAAUCCUUCCACAAGACUCAACGGAUAUUCCAUCUAAAUAGACAUAUGCUUCAGGCCACGAACGGAGUCUCGGGUGAUAGUACAGACAUUUAAUACCGCAUUUGUGUUCAGUUAGAGUAUGAUGGACGAAAUCUUUCAAAAUGUACAUAUAUUUUACAUGUGUAAAUAUGUGUAUGUAUGAUUACAUGUGUAUUUAUUUUAAUGUGUAAUGAACGCUUUUGUACAUAUAAAAAGGUUAAAUGUGCGUAUGUCAAGUGGUUGUGAACGUGUGUACAGUGUGUGAAGUACAAAUACAGUUAAAAAGAUCGAAAGAUGUUGGUAAAAGUGAUGUAUAUAUGUGAAUUAAGCUCAACUAUUUAUUUUUUCCAAGCGCUGCAAAAGGUUGUGAUAUAUAAGUAUUUAUUUUUACAUUUAUUCUACAAACUCUUUUUCAUGUUAGAUUUUUCAUUGUGGUUUUAAGUGAUAUUUUUAUUUAUUAUGUUCAUUUGUUUAAUUUUAGGUAGCAUUAUUGCCAGAGAGUUGUGACUUUUGUUGUUUUAUUGUGAUACAUUUGUGACAAUUGAUAUUUGUCUUCUGACAAAGACUAUUUGCUUUGAAAUGUGCGCCCUUUAAUAUGAAAAGUAUCUGCAUCCCUAACGUAGUGUUUGAAACAAGUGUUACCCUUUUAGUCAAAGAAAUAUGUGCAGUGCAAUUGCGUUUAACCAAUAUUAUACUAUGACUAGAAAAUCUGCACACGUUUAACAAAUGUUUGAAGGGACAUAUACAUUUCCGUGGAAAAUCCCCAUGUCCAAUUAAUAUUAACCAAUUGAACAUUAUGUACUUAAUUCAAGCAUUCAGAACAUUUGCUUUAAAUUAUUUGAAUUAUUAAGUACCUUAUUCUGUCAAUCACCAAAGAAAAAACCCGGUCCAUGACGUGGCAUGUUAUAUAUUUAUUUCCUUUAUUUAUUUAUUAUUUUGUUAUUAGCUAUAUUUGUUAAAAUUUUAUUUUAUAUUUUAAAAAGAAUCUGCAUUUAAAAUAACCAGAUGAAAAUGCGAUAAGUAUUCUUUUUUGUGUAGCGAUUUACACAAAAUUGAUGAUAUUAUUUCUUGCAAACGAUUUUGCAUUAAAAUGUGUUUUAAAAGUGCAUUUGUUAUUGCCAGAAAGUGCUGUUAUUUACUUGUAUUGCCAAAUAUAUCAUGUAUGAUAUUACAAGUUGUUAAACUAGUCUUGUAAUUGUUAUUUUGAUUUAUUGUUUGUAAAAACAUAUCGAAAA